AUGUCACAUAACUCGACGCUGGCUGUAACACAACUCAAACAGCUCAUAUACUACCACUUGGACAACGAGUCACCAGACAAUGCAAACUUUCUCGCCGAACGAUUAAUUUCUAUCGACCCUCGAAACCCGGACUCUUCACAUCUUUUGGCCCUGACGAAUUAUCGUUUGCGACGGUUCAAGACUGCCUACGAUUGCAGUCAGAAGAGCGGCGCAAACGGAAGACACCUAGGCUGUGCCUAUGUAUUGGCUUUAGCCUGUCAAGAGCUUGGAAAACACAAUGAAGGCAUUGCAGCUUUGGAGAAGGCUAGAAGUCUUUGGCAAGGCCGUAGCCAUUGGGGGAAACACACAGAGUUCUCAACUAGGCAUACUCCAGACGCUGCAGCUGUGAAUACUUUGCUUGGGAAGCUGUGGCGUGGCCAUGGCGAUUCCCGCAGGGCUGGCGACUGCUACAUUGAAGCGCACAAGAGCAAUCCAUUCACGUGGGAAGUCUUUCAAGGACUUUGUGAUAUGGGCGCCGAGAUUGAUUUAGCAGGUUCUUUCAGGAUGACUACCGAACUCGCUUCUUCCAUCACAAGCGUUUCCGCAUCAAUAUUGAACCAAGAAACCAUCAAAGAUGAGCCUCAACCCAUCGUUCCAGUUUCGAGUACGAACAACAUCAACAGCAUUCAUGCUCUCACACCGACAAAUGACCCCUUCAACCCUGUGAAGAAUGGUGGAGACCUCGUCGCACAAGGUCAGAGUAAUUUUCUGCUGCCGAGGAUCAAGUCGAAAGGCAUCUUUGGCAAUAACGGAUCUAAGCCUACCGGUCAGCAGUCAUGGGAGACUCCGACGGCAAAUGGCAUGUCUGGAGAUGAGGAUGUCGAGAUGGGAGGCAUACCACAAGAAGCGCUCAGCGCGGAGGAACCGCCAGCUGCUCCAACACGGAGGUCAAGGACUGCACUACAAAGACUAGGACUUGAUGCCGGCAAAGACAGUCAGAAAGCCCGCACUGCAACAGUCAGAAACCAGGCGAAGCCUAGCUCAGAAUCAGUGGAUGCAGAUGAAGCGACAAAUGCCGCGCAGAGACGUUCGCAACAUAAACGGACGAUAUCUGGACACAGCGCACAAAUUCCAGAUGCCGAGACAAUAACAUUUGCUCCAAGGAGGAGCAAUCGUUUAUUCAGUCAGAUCACAGGGUCAAAAACAGCAAGUCGGGUACCCGCCGACAGCAAUUCCUUGACAGCAGCUAAGCGCGAUGAGGUCAAAAAGGCCAAGGCUACAGGGACAAAAGGUAGAGGACCUGCGCAAGUGGGCCGCGUUGUAAGUGGCAACCGGAAGAUCAUACCGCCAAAUCCAACGGAAACCAAAGACACUCGCGCACCAAGUCGUAAUUCUGCAGCUAUGCCUGUGCCGUUGCAGAAGCAAGCUCUGGAAUCUACUGUCGCUGUGGAAAUGGCAUCGACAGAGUCAUUAUUGUCCACUUUCAGGUCUUUAGGGGCAGCUUACUACCUUCUGAGUCGCUAUCAGGUAUCAUCUGCAGUCGAUGCUUUCAAGUCUCUUCCUUCAGCACAUCGAGAAUCACCAUGGGUCCUCGCUCAGCUUGGCAAAGCGUAUUACGAAGCAUCAGAAUACUCUUCGGCAGAAACUUGUUUUGCCAAGUUGUUAAAACUCCAGCCGACGCGGAUCGAAGAUAUGGAGGUGUAUUCGACAGUCUUGUGGCAAUUGAAAAAGCCUGUGCAGUUGGCAUUCCUGGCGCAUAAUUUGAGAGACCUGGCAUUCAAUUCUCCACAAACUUGGUGCGCGGUCGGGAACGCCUUUUCCUUGAGCAGAGAACAUGAGCAAGCCAUCGCAUGCUUCAAGCGCGCGACACAAGUAGAUCCAGAGUUCAGCUAUGCUUGGACGCUCAUGGGUCAUGAGCUUUUGACUAACGAGGAGUUUGAUGCUGCGCUUGCAUCUUUCCGUAAAGGGGUUGGAAGCGAGAGACGCGGAUUCGGGGCGUGGUAUGGUUUGGGCAAGUGCUACGAAAGGAUGGGCAAGUGGGAUGAGGCACAACGACACUACCGCAUCGCAUUUGGCAUCAAUCCUAGUAAUCCUGUACUGGCGGUCUGCAUAGGAGUGAUCAUGGAGAAGCUCCACCAUCCCAAAGCAGCUUUGACACAAUACUCGCACGCGUUGAAUCUAGCACCGAACUCGGCACUCGCACGAUUCAAGAAAGCCCGCGUGUUGAUGGGUCUCAAGCUCUAUGAGGAUGCUCUCGUGGAGCUCGAAGUGCUAAAGAAUUUGGCGCCAGAGGAGGCCAACGUAUUCUUCUUGCUCGGAAAGUGUUUCAAGGGGCUUGGAAGACGAGCAGACAGUGUGCGCACCUUUACUACUGCGUUGAACCUUGAUGCGAAGGCGUCGCAAUACAUCAAAGAGGCCAUGGAAGCUCUUGACGACUCUGACGAAGAUGAUAUGGAUGACGAUUGA